CUUCUUUAAACCCUAUCUCGGAAUUUAAUCGUGAUACUUGCGACCCAUGGAAAACAAUGUCGCGCGAGUUAUUUAUUUUAUCAUAUCAAUUUUCUAUGCAAGACCAUGCUGUUGUCUUAAA